CGCAGCCUGGCGCCCGCGCCCCGCGCCCGCAGCCCGCCCAGGCGGAGUCGGCCCGCGCUCCGCCCGCCGCGCUUCGGGCUCGGAGGUCCGGACUCCGGGCUCGCCGCCUGCCGGGCCGGCUCCGCGUCCCGCACCCCCGCGCCCCGCGCCCCGGCGGGCGGAGCGCACGAUGCCGCAGCUGGACGCGGGCGGGGGCGGCGCGGGCGGGGGCGACGACCUGGGCGCGCCCGACGAGCUGCUGGCCUUCCAGGACGAGGGCGAGGAGCAGGACGGCAAGAGCCGCGACAGCGCCGCGGGCCCCGAGCGCGACCUGGCCGAGCUCAAGUCGUCGCUGGUCAAUGAGUCCGAGGGCGCGGCGGGCGGCGCGGGGGUCCCGGGGGCCGGCGCCGGGGCCCGCGGCGGAGCGGAGGUCGGGGCCGAGGCGCUCGGGCGGGAGCACGCUUCGCAGAGACUUUUCCCCGACAAACUUCCAGAGUCCCUGGAGGACGGCCUGAAGGCCCCGGAGUGCGCCAGCGGCAUGUACAAAGACACGGUCUACUCCGCCUUCAAUCUGCUCAUGCACUACCCACCCCCGUCGGGAGCAGGGCAGCACCCCCAGCCUCAGCCUCCGCUGCACAACAAGGCCAGCCAGCCAGCCCACAGCGUCCCACAACUCUCUCCUCUCUAUGAACAUUUCAGCAGCCCACACCCUACAUCUGCACCAGCCGACAUCAGCCAGAAGCAAGGCGUUCACAGGCCUCUGCAGACCCCUGACCUCUCCGGCUUCUACUCUCUGACCUCAGGCAGCAUGGGACAACUCCCCCACACCGUGAGCUGGCCCAGUCCUCCUCUCUACCCCUUGUCCCCUUCCUGCGGAUAUAGACAGCACUUCCCUGCCCCCACUGCAGCCCCUGGCGCCCCCUACCCCAGGUUCACCCAUCCAUCCCUGAUGCUGGGCUCUGGUGUACCUGGUCACCCCGCAGCCAUCCCCCACCCAGCCAUCGUACCUCCCUCGGGGAAGCAGGAGCUGCAGCCAUAUGACCGCAGCCUGAAGACACAGGCAGAAUCCAAGGUGGAGAAGGAGGCCAAGAAGCCAACCAUCAAGAAGCCCCUCAACGCCUUCAUGCUGUAUAUGAAGGAGAUGAGAGCCAAGGUCAUUGCAGAGUGCACACUCAAGGAGAGUGCUGCUAUCAACCAGAUCCUGGGCCGUAGGUGGCACGCCCUAUCUCGGGAAGAGCAGGCCAAGUAUUACGAGCUGGCCCGAAAGGAGAGGCAGUUGCACAUGCAGCUCUACCCAGGCUGGUCGGCGCGGGACAACUAUGGGAAAAAGAAAAGGCGGUCACGGGAAAAGCACCAGGAAUCUACCACAGAUAACUCUCUUCACUAUUCCUAGGAGGAAAAAGAAAUGCAUUCGGUACUUACCCGGAGAAGGCCGCUGCCCCAGCCCCGUUCCUUCCGAUGACAGUGCUCUAGGCUGCCCCGGGUCCCCAGCCCCCCAGGACUCGCCCUCAUACCUCCUGCUGCCCCACUUCCCCACAGAACUGCUUGCCAGCCCUGCGGAGCCGGCGCCUACAUCACCAGGUCUUUCAGCCGCUCUCAGCCUCCCAGCCCCCUGGACCCCCCCAGAUCCCCCCCAGCGCCCUGCAGAGUACACAAGUGCAACAACAGCAAUCUCAGAGACAGGCAACCUAGCAUGCACGGGACACCUGGCUACCUCCAGGGGCCCAUCCUCUGAAAGGAAGCGACAGAGCCCCAAAGCACGUGGAAACUGGCCAGGGGCCCCGUUACCUCCCGCUCAGGGACCAGGCCCGGGAGACUUCCGAGGCUGUACAACUUCUGCCUGAACCUGGAGCCAUCAAUUCCAAGCGCUCCAAGUGGUGGGACUCAGAUCUGUGUUGUGUCUGAUUAAGGGCAUCCCUUGUGCCUACAGCAGCCUGCAUGGACUCUUUUUACCACCUGUCUUGCUGGCCAGAUGUCCCCGCCUCCCUUGCUUUUCUGCUAUAGGUCACAGAGGGGCUGGACUCAGCCCAGCUGCCUGCCCUACCCUACACCUCCCUAGCCCCACCACUGCCAUGCCCUCCCCAUACCAGACACUUCAUGGACCAAGAAUGAGCUAGUUUAUGAAACAACAUGUGAGCAUGGUCACAACCACAUGCUCAAGACCAUGCUCUCAAAAGGGGCUGGAGAAGCCCUGUUGAUAGAAUGCAGUAACUAUUCAUAAACUAGACCAGAAGGAAGCCUCUUACCAGUUCUCAAGAGCUUGUAAGACAAGGAGGGAAUGGAACAGGCUAAAUCUAGGCCUAUCACCGUAGGCAACAGGAAUAACCUGACACUACCUUAUCAGGCAAGUAUGGGCAGUGAGAGGUACCUGGCUCUAGUUCACAUUACUUAGAAUUGUUUCCAAGAGAAACCCAACCUCCCCAAAAGGUGAUACCAAGGUCCCAAGUCUGUCUCUAGUGGCUGAACUUAACAGCUGAGAGAAACGAUGUCCCUAAACCUGGUGUGCAUCCCUCCCCAGUCCCAGAGCCUUUGCCACAGCUCCAUUUCCUGCUUAGCCGUAUCAGUCUAGGCAGCCCUUGGGCAGUUGUGAGAGGGAGCCCAAACCUCACAACAGCCAGUGCCUACCUUCCAGCAUGAAACAGGUCAGCUUCCUUUCCCUGAUGGGGCUGUAGGAAGGUACCAUCACCAUCAAAGCAAGGAGUCCAGAGAACCUCCAGUGGUAGUCAGUGGGUUUUCACCACAGCCUACUUUAACCCAUUUCUGAGCCAAGCUUCAACCCUGAGCCUUAAAAAACAAACUUUUUUUUUAUUUAAAAAUUUUUUUUUGCCUCUUCCUCACUGUACAUAGCCUGACUCCAAAGAAAAAAGGCUGUUCCUAUACCCAUGUACCCCUCAACAAAAGCCUUUAGUUCCUACUUUAGCCACUGGCUUCUCAGAAUCCAAAGAACAUAUUCUAGUUUAGUGUUGCAAGAAGUCUUGAGAGAAAGAAAAGACUAUUGUAGUAUUCAAAAUAUUUUUGUAUUGUUAAUGCAUCAUCAUACAAAAACUUUUUUAACAUGAGAAUAAAGAUACUUUUUACUGGG